AUGCAUUUCUAUCUAUCUAUUUAUUUAUAUCUAUUUAUCGAUCUAUCUGAUUAUAUCUUUGAUCUACUUAUUUCUCUCUAUCUAAUUAUAUCUCUUUUCUAUUUAGUUGAUGCAGUGGAAAAGACUUUGCAGGGUGUCGAAAUAGCUACGAAAAAAUUGGCUCCCAAGUCGUGGGCUAAAGCGGUGGGCAUUGACAAGACUCAGCCGUUACUGGAAGGAAGUGGACAGGCGACGUCGUGGCCUAUUGCAGCUGCUAAUGAUGAAAACGCAGCAGCUGCAAAGAUAGUGAGGGAUCCAACGAAGCCGGUUGUAUUCGAGAACGUGAUCCAGGAGGCACAUAGUUGUUUGGACGUGUCGGCACCAGCUGAAGAGAUGAAAAAGAGGGGGCUGGUAAAUCAAGGCAACACGUGCUUUCAGAAUGUUAUCAUGCAGUCUGUGCUGGCUUGUCCGCCGUUUUUGAAUUUGUUGGUCGAGAUUUCGACUGCUUGUUCACCAACGACAUCAAUGUUGGCGAGUACACCGACGUUCAAGGCGUGGCGACACAUGGUGGCGUUUACGCGCGAGUUUAAAAAACCGACACUGGCUCAGUUGCAGGAUCAAGUCAGUCACGGUGACCGAAAGGCCAACGAUAUGCAUGGCAAAGCACCACAGGCGAUUCGUAUCAGCGGGUACUUCAUGGACGUAUUGAGUGCUUUCCAGCAGACGCGCGGAGAGCAGGAAGAUGCACUGGAGUUUUUGGAGUUUUUCUUGGAGUAUUUGCAUGCAGAGCACGAAAAGAGUGGUCUACGUUUGCCUGCCUCGUGUGAAAAGCAGACAAAGCGUGCUUCUGUGAUCGAGCAGAAUGAAGCUAGUGUGGACGCGGACGCUAAGAGUGCUCAAGCGUUCGAUGACGGUUGGGCAGAGGUUGGUAAGAAAGGCAAGAGCAGCGUGCUACGUCAGAAUCCCGUUGACACUGUCCGCUCGCCGAUAAAUUGGAUGUUUAAGGGUACACUACGCUCCGAGCUGAAGCUGAUCGGCAAGAGACAAAGUUCGAUUACUGUGGAACCGUUUCACUGCUUGCACUUGAACCUCAAUUACGAAACACAAGACUCAUCGCUUGUUACAGGCGAGAAUGGCACGGCCAAGUCAUCCGACGCGUCAACUACUGUUGAAGAGAUGAUCCGCAAUUCAUUCGACGUCGAGGUGAUCGAAGACGCCAACCAGGUCCCUACGAUGAAGAAGUUAACGACGGUGGAAUCCCUUCCCGCUGUUUUUACGCUGAGCGUGUAG